AUGGCACGCGAUCGGAAGCUUCAAAGAGAUGAGAAAAAGGCCAGGAUGUUCAAGGCCGCUAUCCUCGAUGCCGAUAACCUCCUCCCCAAGGUCCUCCCACAAGCCGUCAAGAGCGUUGAAGUCCUCAAGGGCGAUGGAGGUCCCGGGACCAUCAAGUUGAUGACUUUUGCCGAAGGCAAUCCGUACAAGACAGCGAAGCACAAGGUCGAGGUCCUGGACAAGGAGAACUUCACCUACUGCUACUCAAUCAUCGAGGGCGAAAUGCUGGGCACCACCUUCGAGAAGAUCACCCAUGAGGUGAAGAUCAACGCGUUGCCUUUGGGAGGCUCGAUGUUGAAGUGCACGGACAGUUACUUCACCGCGGAGGAGAUCAACACCUGGAAAGAGAAGGUGUCCGCGAUGUACGAGGCCAUCGAGGCUUAUCUCUUGGCAAACCCAAAAGGAGACAGGAAAAGGAGACAGGAAGAGUUUGAGUCACUCUGUUUGGAGCUAAGCAUGUUGGGCUGGUGA